AUGACUGGUCACGGCUUGAGUAGCGCUCAUGAUCCCAGCGCCGCGACGCCAGAUCAGCCGGAACAGGAUCGAUUCGUCCCUCAGCCUCACGAGGCAGGUCGAAACGCGGAGGGCAUUCAUGAACCAAUCACAUUCAAAAGAAAACAAAAGCGACAGUCCCGCUUCAGUCUAUCAAGUCUGUUCUCAAAUACCGCCGGCGGUUCGGAAACAGUCCACGGGAUCUCAAGGUUCCAGAGGGCUCAGAAUGGAGAUGCAUCGCCCCUAGACCCUUAUGAGCCCGCUGGGUGGAAUGGCAACCCGGAUGCUUCCAAAGAUGGCACCCCUCUAGACUGGUAUGUCGAGGGGCCGGGCCGUCGAGUAGGCUAUGAUGAUUUCACUGCUAUCGACUGGAUCUACGAAUACACAAAAGAGCGGCAACGAAAGCGAUUACUCUACUCGAGCGGGCAAGGCAUUGUGGGAUAUUUUCGUCGACUGAUCGAGGCAAGCAAUAUCUGGGUUGUCUUAGUUGCGACGGGUAUCGCAGUUGGCAUUAUUGCUGCAACUAUCGACAUCGCAACAGACUGGUUGGGAGACUUGAAAACUGGUUACUGCAAGAAUGGUAGUGGAGGCGGAAAGUUCUAUCUCAACCGCAGCUUUUGCUGCUGGGGACUAGAUGAUUACUCGAAAUGCCUGGAUUGGACGCCGUGGGGAAUUGCGCUGGGCUCAUCUUCCAAAGGAGGACAAUACAUCAUUGAAUAUAUCGUUUACAUUUCCUUUUCGGUGCUAUUUGCUGUGUGUGCUUGUCUUCUGGUACGACGGUUUGCCAUUUAUGCGAGACACAGCGGAAUCCCCGAAAUCAAGACAGUUCUUGGAGGAACUGUCAUCCGACAUUUCAUGGGUCCUUGGACACUUACCAUCAAGUCCAUUGGACUGUGUCUCGCGGUCGCAUCCGGACUGUGGCUGGGCAAAGAAGGCCCACUCGUCCAUGUUGCAUGCUGUUGUGCCAAUAUCAUGAUGAAACCUUUUAACAGUCUCAAUGGAAAUGAAGCUCGAAAGCGCGAGGUUCUCUCCGCGGCUGCAGCCGCAGGUAUCUCAGUGGCUUUUGGUGCUCCCAUUGGAGGAGUGCUUUUUAGUCUGGAGCAACUGUCAUAUUAUUUCCCAGAUAAGACCAUGUGGCAAAGCUUUGUGUGCGCUAUGGUAGCCGCUGUCACUUUACAGGCUCUGAACCCAUUCCGCACAGGAAACAUUGUGUUAUACCAAGUCACCUAUACUCGGGGAUGGCACCGUUUUGAGAUCAUCCCAUUUAUCAUUCUUGGUAUUGUAGGAGGCCUUUUCGGCGCGUUCCUUAUCCGGGUGAAUGUGCGGAUUGCCAAAUGGCGACGAUCACGGUCUUGGUCAAGACCGGUGAUUGAAGUAGCUAUCGUCACUCUUCUGACGGCUUUGAUUAACUUCCCCAAUCAUUUCAUGAGAGCUCAAAAUUCGGAGCUUGUCCAGUCUCUGUUCGCCGAGUGCAGCAGUGAGACAUAUGAUCGAUUCGGACUCUGCGCCACUGGAGCCAAGUCAUUUGGCGUGGUCGCUAUUCUGCUGCUGGCUGCUGUGCUAGCGUUUUUCCUUUCUGCAUUGACCUUCGGUCUUGAAAUUCCCGCAGGUAUCAUCCUCCCUUCAAUCGCCAUUGGCGCUUUGUACGGCCGAGCUCUGGGAAUACUCGUUCGAGUGUGGCAGGAAGCCUAUCCGAAAGCUUUCAUUUUCAGCAAAUGUGAGCCCGACAUUCCAUGUGUGACCCCAGGACUAUAUGCAAUCAUUGGUGCAGCAUCUGCACUAGGAGGUGCAACUCGGAUGACUCUUUCGAUUGUUGUCAUCAUGUUCGAGUUGACAGGUGCCUUAACCUAUGUCAUCCCGAUUAUGAUCGCGGUGAUGCUAUCAAAGUGGUGCGGCGAUAUCUUCGGGAAGCGCGGCAUAUACGAGUCAUGGAUUCAAUUAAACGAAUAUCCAUUUCUUGAUCACCGAGACGACACCAUUCCCCCAGACGUCUCUGCUCAUCGGGUCAUGACCACUGUGGAUGAUGUAUCAGUCAUCACAGCAACUGGCCACACCAUUGGCUCUUUGCGCACACUUCUGAAUAACACUACAUACCGUGGCUUCCCUGUCAUCUCAGAAAUGUCGACUCCCGUUCUUCUGGGCUACAUUACACGCAACGAACUUUCAUUUGCUCUGAAAUUUUCAACCUCGCCGACACAGCGCAACCUCACCAGUGAGACUCAAGUCUUCUUUUCUCAUCAGCCUUUUGCAGACCCUGUGGAGACCUUGGACCUCCGACCAUGGAUGGAUCAAACUCCCAUCACACUCAACAGCAACAUUACUUUCUUGAUCGUGCUGCGCAUGUUCCAGCGGCUUGGAUUACGCUAUGUAUUGUUUGCCAACAAAGGCAUUUUGCAGGGACUCUUGACCAAGAAGGAUGUUUGGUCAAUUCUGAAUGGUGUCGAGUUUCGUCGACAAGAGGCUCUCCGAGACCAUGACUAUGAGGCUCAUCAUGGGGCUGAAGGAGUCGGUCUCCUUCACGGUGAUGAAAGAAGUAGUCUCAGCAAGUCCACUCCUCGCGUCAUUUUGCCCCGCUCACCGCCCGGUCCGGCCGCAUCAAUGGCAAGCCUAUUCAGUGAUCCAUCAGAAUCGCAUGAGUCCUUAUCACCAGAUGGCAAUAUGAUGGUCGAUCCGUUCGAAGUGCGAAUGCGCUUCACGACGCAGCUGCAACACCUCAGCGCAUCGGUCACAUCCUCGCAGAAAGCCGCCCACUAUGCUCUCAGAUACCGCGACCUCGAUGAGGAUCUCCAUUCCUGCAUUCUGGAGCAGCUUGAGCGAAAUAACAUGAAUAACCGUGCAAACAUCAUGUCCUUCAUCGAGCACUUUUGCGAAAUGGCUACCAAAGAAGACCACCUACCCUACGUUCGCAUGAUUCAACGAGACAUUCUCCGAGUCGUCGAUGCAGUGGUCCCGCCCGAUGGCACCGGAGCCGCAAAUGCUAAGCAUGUCCGACGUGUUCUGAGCAGUCUGCAGAGCAAAGAGAUUCUCUCAGCUGAAAAUGUGGAGGAGAUCAACGCAGCUCUCAAAGACCGAGAACCACAGUCUGCACACCUGGAUUUUGAGCAGGAAGAGGCACCUGAAGACGGCGCGAAGUCGAAGACGGCGACCCCGCGCAACCCUAAAGCUCAGGGCAUGCGCGUGGACAAGAGACAGAUCGAGCAGCGGAUCGAGGAAGAUCGCGAGCGUAACAAACGCCUACGAGAAAGUAUGUGGGCUGUUAGCGGGGACGACACUGGGGAAUUCUCAAAAAUGUGGGAUGAGAUGAGUGACAUCGGUGAAGAUGACUUCAUCAACGCCAAGGAGGAGGCUGCGGAACGCAGGCGUAUGCUCAAGGCCGUACGACGGAGAUCUUGA